GGGGGGGGGUUGAUGGUCAUAGCAGUGCUGAAGCUAGUGAGAUGGCGUCAAAACUUUCGAUAAGUAUUUUGUUCUGCAUACUUAUUUUCUUCUUGAUGCCAUGUAUUCUGUUAUAUCAAAGAAUUCGACAGGAACAUUGCUUCACAGACGGAACAUGUUCACGUAAACUUAUUGUAUAGAUGGAACGAGAUUAUAGGUUGGCAUUGGCAUGAACUACAAUCUGAAAGCUAUGUACUCUUUGAUAUGGAUGGAAAGCAAGUUCCACAAGAGUUGGUUAAAGAAGUUGGUAAAAUCUUCGAAACAAAUUUGCAGGAGAUGUCUGAUACAACUUACUGUUAUCUACGAGCACUUUCAAUUGUUUUUGGGACCAGGAAUUGAAGCUGCAAGAGACAUCUUAUGCCACCUUAGAAAGCCAUGGGUGAUGAUCCAUGUCAACGAUGAUAAAAAUCUUCACUUUUGCAAAGCUCAAUUUGAUCCGGAGGACUGUCCAGUUGAUUGUUCGAGGCCUUGUGAAAAUGUCUGCCCUGCAAAUGUGUAG